AUGAAUCCUAGUCGAAUUGUGGAGUUAGCAACACGCAUUCAAGAACUGACGAAAGAGAUCGACAGUCAUCUACGGGAGAAUAACCUCCAGGCCCCUAGUUUUGACGAAGACGGUCCCGUUUUGCUGGGCCUCUCGGGACACAUGUUAUCAGCCCGCGAAGAAGUCUUGUCGUCCACUCUUGAGCUUCACAACCUUUUCUUGGGGCCGUCAAAUUGCCUUCGUCCGGUGUUGAAUGGAGUCAGCCUGCAGGCAAUCUACAGAUUCGACAUCGCCCGCCACGUUCCCGUGAACGGAGAAAUCUCUUUAAGAGAGCUCGCUGAGAAAUGUGGAUUCGACGAGGCCAACUUGCGUCGCACACUGCGAUUUGCCAUGGCAUACCAUCAUGUCUUCCAAGAGCCCCGCAAGGGUUUUGUCGCUCAUACCGCGGCCUCACGCAUGCUGGUAGAUGAUCCCACCGCACGCGCUGGGCUCGGGUACAUGUUUGAAGAAGUCUGGCAGGGAUUUGCCCACACACUUCUUGCGUUGGAACAAUACCACAGCGAUGAUCCUGGGCGAACGGGUUGGGCUCACUAUCUCAACACCGACAUGCCUCCCUGGCAGUACUAUUCAUCUCACCCUGAAAUGGCUCGACGAUUUGCCUCUGCAAUGUCCACAUUUGCCAACGGCCACCAUAAUGCACCGUCCUUCCUGGUACAAGGGUACAAUUGGGGUCAACUCGGGCAAGGGACAGUCGUAGAUGUUGGCGGAUCGAAGGGCAAUGUCAGUAGUCUGGUAGCCCAAGACUACCCCGAGCUCCAGUUCAUCGUCCAGGAUCUGCCGAGUAUGAUCGACGGCGCAGCGGAGAGUCUGCCAAAUGAGGUGCGGGAUAGAGUGGCAUUUCAGGCGCACGACUUCUUCACACCGCAACCCGUGCAGGCCGAUGCGUAUCUGUUCCGGAACAUCUUCCACAACUGGUCGGACUCGCAUGGCGUCCGGAUUCUUCAGGCGCUGGUUCCUGUUUUGCGGCCCGGAGCUCGGAUUAUUGUGAACGACUACCUGCUCCCUGAGCCAGGGUUGCUGUCCCUGGUUAAGGAGCGUGCUGUCCGGGGGCGAGAAGAGGCGGACUGGGUUGAGUUGUUCCGGAAGGCUGAUUCUCGCUUUGCCAAUUUACGUAUUUGGACGCCGGAGGGAGCAUUGAUGGCUAUUAUUGAGGCCGUGUGGGAAGCAUGA